AUGAGCGAAGAAACUUCGAAUCAGCCUCACCGUGCGAGCUCUCUCACCCCUGAGAUGAUCGAUUUCGCCAGUAGAAUGUACGAUGCUGCUAGGAAAGGCGACGUAGCUACCCUUGAGCAAGCUCUCCCUGCGGGCCUGCCCCCUAACCUCACAAAUGAUAAGGGCGAUACUCUGCUUAUGCUGGCAGCUUACCAUGGUCAUGCGGAUCUGGUCAAGGUUCUCAUUCAGCACGGAGCUGAUCCCAACCGUUUGAAUGAUCGGGGGCAGAGCCCCCUUGCAGGCGCAGUUUUCAAGAAGGAAGAUGCUGUGAUCCAAGAGUUGCUUGAUGGAGGAGCAGAUCCUGAGUAUGGCCAGCCAAGUGCGUCUGAGUGUGUCACAAUGUUCAAGCAGGAAGAUGUGUGGAAAGCCAAAUUCGAGUCUGCACCUGGAAAGGGACAGGCUGGGAAGACGAGGAGAGCAGAGAAUAAGGAAUGA